AUGUGCCUUCAAGAAAUUGACAAGGGACUUGCCGAAGCAGUCGUGAAACUUCCAUUGCUUGAAGACCUCGAGAUUUCAUACUGGCCAGUUGUAGGAUACUGCUCAUUAUCAGGAGACUGUUUGAAAGUUGUAGGCCGGUCUUGUCCCAAUCUCAAGACAUUUAAAACAAACUGUGUGGAUUACAGGCCUCCUCCAGGAAUAAACGAGUGUGAUGAAGUCGCUCUAGCAAUCGCUGAAACAUUGCCCGGACUUCGCCACCUCUAG